AUGGCUCUUGCGCCUUGGCCCUUGGCCUGCUUGGUUGCCCUUUUGCGUGGGCUGUGUGCUCGCGUGCUCGUCUUCGAAUUCGUACAAGCAGGGCAAACCGAAAAGCAUGUGCAGCACUGCCAGCAGCAGGUGCUUGCUAUUUUCAGGAAGAACAACUUGAACGAGAUCUUGAUUGGCGAUUUCGUGGUCCCGCCGGCUUUCCGAGUCUGCACUGACUUCCAGCAAAAGUUCGAGACCUCUAGUCGCGUUGUCUUGACAGAUGGCCGAUGGCAUCGCUUGUCUUCUAUGCACAGAUCUGGCAGCUUGGUUCAACCGCCCAGGCCUGACCCCACUGUCCAGUCUGCUCUCUACGUUGCCUUGAUAAGGUUGUCCUACCUGCGCUCAUCUGCUCGUCUCUCCCCUUCAAUGCAGGUGCAGGUCCGCAGACUUGCCAUGGCAACCAACGAUGAAGAGCAGCAGCAACGAGCACUGCACGCCAAAGCGACGUCCAACGCACCAAUACACUACCCUCAUCAUGGAGCAAGCGCGAACCUCAGGAGAGAUCCAACACUCUGUCGGUCAGUUCCGUCGCGAGACGACGCGACCGCAACGGCACUCUUGCGCUCCCCUGGCGGUCAUGCAGGCGGCAACUCUUUUGCUUGGUAUGCCGAGUAUCUGCGCAAACUCGCAGAGGAGAGUCGAGAGCGUGAGUUUGAAGAACUACUAGAAGGCGACGCGACACCGGAUGAGGCAAUGCGCGCAGAUGAACAAGCGUCCGUCAAGUCUGCGCCGCGACUUGUCCUUGAUAUGCGCGAACAAGGCGCGACGCAGUCAUCCGGGGGGACUUGA